AUGGCUUCCGUGGCUUUCACACUUCUUACGGCCCUUGCUGCCCAGGCCGAGGCUAAAACCGUCAAGACUCCAACACCUCAGAUGGGUUGGAACUCUUACAACCACUACAAUUGCAAUCCCAACGAAACAAUCAUCAAGGAGAACGCACACGGUGUAGUGAACUCGGGUUUAGCCGAGGCCGGGUACACAACCAUCACGAUUGAUUGCGGGUGGCCGACCUCGAACCGUUCCGCUGAGAAUGAGCUUGUAUGGGACCCGAGCCGGUUCCCGUCCGGUGGAGGCAAGGAGCUCGGCGAUUAUAUCCAUAACCUCGGCCUAAAAUUCGGUGUCUAUUCUGGUGGUGGAUACUACCAGUGCGGUUCCACUGACCGGCUCGCCUCUUUGAACAAUGAGUUCACCGACGCCAAAUCCUUCGCCUCCUGGGGCGCAGACUCUCUCAAAUACGACAACUGCUAUGCCGUAGACCCCAAGGUGAUGGUUGAUUACGUCCACCCUGAUGCCAUCUCUCCGGACCGCUUCAUUACAAUGUCGGAGGCAUUGGACGAAACGGACCGCAACAUCGUCUAUGAGGUCUGUCAGUGGGGAACCGGCACUGACUUGGGAAUCUGGGUGCCCAAGAUUGGAAACAGUUGGAGAAUCAGCAACGACAUCUACAACGCUUGGCGGAGCAUUUGGCGCAUCACCAACCAAGUCGUUCCUUUCUACAAGCACACGGGCCCUGGAGCUUUCGCCGAUAUGGAUAUGCUGAUCAUUGGCCUCAACGCCCUUUCCGAGGAGGAGGAAAAGUUCCAUCUAGGGAUGUGGAGUAUCAAUAAGUCGCCCCUCUCUGUGGGCGCCCCGGCCAUCCCCGGCUACCUUCCGGAGCACUCCCUCGCCAUCCUUACCAACAAAGAGGUCAUCGCCAUCGACCAAGACCCACUGGCCAAGCAAGCCCAGCUCGUCCGCCGGUACACCGAAGAGGAGUGGGACGUCUGGGCCGGCGAGCUCUCGGGCGACCGUCUUGUCGUCGGCCUCGCAAACUGGAGGAACGACUCGCAGCCUGUCAGCGUCGACCUCGCCGCUGUUCUGGGCCUGACUUCGGCCGAGGCCCGUGACGUCUGGGCCGCGACUGACAUCGGCUCCAUCUCGGGCACUUACGAGACGACGCUCAAGGGCCACGAACUCAAGCUGCUGGUGCUCUCGGACCUCUCCAAGGCGGAGCCGGCCCACUCAUCCGCCGGAUAUUACACGGCCACGCAAGACGGCGCGUUGUCUGGGUCAGCGCAAAAGGUGACUUGUGGAGAGGGACAAUGUCUUCCCAGCGGAACCAAGGUGGGCAACAUCGGCUCAGGGGCCGCUGUCAAGUUCUCCGGCGUCGAGGCCAAGACAGAGGGCAAGAAGCUUCUCGGGGUUGACUUCAUCAACUACGAGGUCGCCCUCGACACAGCCUGGGACUGGGGCUCCAGCUCGCGCAACCUGACUGUCUCGGUCAACGGUGGGGACGCUAAGCGAUGGGCGUUCCCCAUCUCUGGAGGAAACUGGUUCGAGACUGGACGCUUGUUGAUCGAGGUUGACGGUUUCAAGGGUGAUGGCUCUAACACGGUUGAAUUCAAGUCCUUUGGAAGCGCCUGGGCGCCGGACUUUGUCGGGUUUGAGUUGUUCGAGUCCGCCUAA